AUGCCUGGCGGACGUAACGGUAGUGCGAUUUAUAAUUUAUACAAACUGAAAUACAAGAAAACACGUCGACUUCAAGCGUUGUGUGAGACAAUAUUCCGAGAGAAUGCCAACAGACGAUCGCCACCCAGCAGCCCUCCAGCCGGAACACCAGCACCGAUGAUCACUCAUCAUCAGGGCACUGAACCAUUGAAUCUAUCUGCUAAGACUGAGACAAUCGUUAAAACUGAAGCAACCACACCGCUCUCGGCACCUCCAACUCACACACCUCACGUGCAGAACAAAAAUUUGAUUCAGGAAUUGAUCGAAAUUGAUCGGAUUGAUAAUUUGAUCAAUCUGAAGGGAUUACGAAUUGCACACAGAAUUGAUAAUGAGUCAUCAGGUGUACCCGCAUGUCAACGGUUAUCAAGAAUUGGUGACGAAAUUGUUGAACAACUAGUUGAAUGGACAAAAAUGUUGCCAUUUUAUCAUGAAUUACCCGUAGAGGUACACACUCAUCUCUUGACGCAGCGAUGGGCCGAAUUGGUACUUCUAUCUGCGUGCUUCUAUGCUACAUCCACAGCAACUGCAUGCCAAGACGUUCUUCCUGUGAGUUCCACUACUGUCGAAGGUACUGAAGAAGUUUCCUUCGUCGAUUCAUCCAUCAAUCUGCAAUUGCUUCAGAAACGUCUUAGUGCUGUUAUGGGCAAAGAGAUUCCUUUGGAACAUGUUAAUAAAGAAGCGGGACCUCUGGUUGAGAAGUUCACCGCAUUAUUGUACUCAUUCAGUCGUCUCAAAAUAACACUCGAAGCAUAUGUGUGUCUGAAGGCGAUUACUCUGCUUCAUUAUGCACUUCCUAAUUAUGGUAGGUAUAUGUUCCGAAGUUUCAUAGCGAAAUUUAUUUAA